GAGAUUUUAUUGAUUAGUUUAAGGUGUGAAAAGCAUAACAAACAGAUAGACACAGUCUGGCAAUUGUUUAGGGGUAAAAGAAGAAAUGACAUCUGUUUGUUUACAAAUAAAUUUCUUUUACGACAAUUUUGAUAAAAUGGAAAACUUUUAAUAAAUUUUUAAAAUUUACCACAUAAAAUGUUAAAUAUUACUGAAUUAACAUGUCGUGUUUGUUUGGAAGAACAAAAUGUUCUCAUAAACAUCUACGAUGAGUUGGAAGAAUUGCAUACAAACCUAAGCAAACUUUUGGAAACAUGUGCUGAUCUGCAGAUUAUUGAAAGUGAUAUAUUUCCCAAAUAUUUAUGUGAGAAUUGUACUAGAGAACUUUUAAUAACAUCAAAAUUUCGUGAAAAAUGUAAUAAAUCCAAAGAAAUACUUUAUGAAUUAUUAGAAAACUCAAGGAUUAUAGAAAUUGAGGAGACCUCAGCUAACUCCAAUGAUAUAAUAGAAUAUUGCGCAGAUGAUUUAAGUGAUUUAGUUGAAGAAGAUUUAAUAAUUGAAGAGGAAUCUGUAGACAAGGAAACAGCUGAGAUAGAAACAAUACAAGAUGUAGAAAUAAAUGAGCAGCAAGAAAGUACUUUAUCUCUACUAAGGAAAAACGUUACUGAAAAAAGGAAUGAAAUUGAGAUAAAUCAACAACUGGAAACUAACAUAGAAGAUACUGCAACAUUAGACAAUAAUAGCGAAAGUUUACCUUUAAUAGAAGAAGAAACCGAGACCGGAGACAUAAUUCCUAUUAUAGUUUCUUGGAAUGAUACCGCUGUAGCGGAGGCGCAGGAAGCAGAAUCUAUGCUAACAAGUUCAACUAAAGCAUUUAAUGAAAAACUGAAAAGAUCUCAUAUGUAUAAAUGUGAUAUAUGUGGAGCCAUAUUUAAACAGGCAAUUAAUCUACAAAAGCAUUUACAAAAAUCACACGAUCCCAUACAUUGUUUUACAUGUAGUAAAUGUGAACAUUGGUUCUCUUUAGAAACAGAGUUUAAUAAACAUGUUGAAAACUGUAAUUAUUUAGAUAUAAACAACGAAGUUAUUGCGGAAAAUAACAACCAAAAAACUGCUAAAACUGCUAAAACUCCAGCAACAGUAUAUGAACAAGAUCCAAAUCGUAAAUGUGUGUAUUGUGAACGUGAUUUUCCUACUCCAUUCGCUUUGCGUAUGCAUUUAAGAACUCACACAGGAGAGCGUCCAUUUCAAUGUAAAUAUUGCACAAAAUCCUUUAAAACACAAUCACAACUAAAUGUUCAUCAUAAAAGGCACACUGGCCAGGCAGACUUUAUUUGCACAAUUUGCAAUAAAACCUUUUAUGAACAGAGUAACCUUACGGUUCAUAUGCGUUCUCAUACCGGAGAACGUCCUCAUGUUUGUACAGUUUGCAAUAAAACUUUUACUCGUGUUUUUCUCUUGCAAUUUCAUAUGAGAACACAUACGGGGGAAAAACCUUAUAAAUGUACUUAUUGUGAUAAAAGUUUUCGCCAGCAUACCGAUUUACGUAGUCACUUGACCAUACAUACGGGCCAAAAACAACACAUUUGUAUUUUAUGUGGUAAAUCUUAUAUAAAACGUUCACAUUUAGUGCAACAUAUGCGGAAACAUCAGCUACACACAGCUGCCGAUGGUGUAGAAACUGUGGAAGCUGCAUUUUAUGAAAAUGAGCCUAGCACAGAGGAACUAAAUACGGCUACUGAUAAUCUUCAAAAUUAUGUACAAAAUCCCGAAAUUCUUUAUAAUUUUGAUGAGAUUAUAGAAAGUGAAGAUGUUAGCUCACAAAUGGAGGAAUCCAGUUAAUAAAUUUGGUUUAUUUAUUAAAAA